AUGUUCGCUGCCAGAAUCCAGAGACGUGCCUUCUCGGCCUCUGCCCGUGAUCUCUCCAAGGUCACCGUCCUCGGCGCUGCCGGUGGCAUUGGCCAGCCGCUUUCCCUGCUGCUGAAGCUCAACCCCCGUGUUACCGAGCUUGCUCUGUACGACAUCCGCGGUGGCCCCGGUGUCGCUGCCGACAUCUCCCAUGUCAACACCAAGUCGACCGUCAAGGGCUACGAGCCGACCGCCAGCGGCCUGUCGGCUGCCCUCAAAGGCUCCGAGGUCGUCCUGAUCCCCGCCGGUGUUCCCCGCAAGCCCGGCAUGUCUCGUGACGACCUGUUCAACACCAACGCCAGCAUCGUCCGCGACCUGGCCAAGGCUGUCGCCGAGUCGGCCCCGAACGCCAACAUCCUGGUCAUUUCCAACCCCGUCAACUCCACCGUCCCCAUCGUCAAGGAGGUCUUCAAGGCCCGCGGUGUCUACAACCCCAAGCGCCUGUUCGGUGUCACCACCCUCGAUGUCGUCCGUGCCAGCCGCUUCGUCUCGGAGAUCAAGGGCAGCGACCCCAAGGACGAGAACAUCACCGUCGUCGGCGGCCACUCCGGUGUGACCAUUGUCCCCCUCUUCAGCCAGAGCUCGCACCCCGAGCUGUCCUCCAACGCUGACCUGGUCAAGCGUGUCCAGUUCGGUGGUGACGAGGUCGUCCAGGCCAAGGACGGUGCCGGUUCCGCCACGCUGUCCAUGGCCAUGGCCGGUGCCCGCAUGGCCGACUCCGUCCUGCGCGCCUCCCAGGGCGAGAAGGGCGUCGUUGAGCCCUCCUUUGUUGAGAGCCCCCUGUACAAGGACCAGGGCAUCGAGUUCUUCUCCUCCAAGGUCGAGCUCGGCCCCGAGGGUGUUGAGAAGAUCCUGCCUGUCGGCGAGGUUGACUCCGUUGAGCAGGGCCUGCUCGAGGCUUGCUUCACUGACCUGAAGAAGAACAUUGCCAAAGGCGUCGAGUUUGUCGCCUCCAACCCCGGCAAAUAA